UGUUCGAAAUUUCGAAAUUUGAGCCAGAGACAGAGGGCGGGAGUGAGAGGCGGCUCGAUUCCCCAAUCGGGCGACGAGGCAGCCGGCGGCGCCGCCGUGCCCUGCAGCCAGGUUCCCGCGCUUCCGCCCGACGGAGGGAAGGGAUGGGAACGCAGCAGCAGCAGCAGAAGGAGGAGGGAGAGGAGGGCAGCGCCGUCAAGAGGAGGAAGGUCGCGGCGGCCGCCGACGUCACCAUGGACCUCGAGCUCCUCGACUGCCCCGUCUGCUUCCACCCCCUGCGCCCCCCCGUUUUCCAGUGUACUGUGGGGCAUGCCAUAUGCUCAUCUUGCCAUGACAAGGUCUUAGAGAAGUGCCACUUCUGCGCCGUCCCCACAGUUUACAAUCGCUGCUACAUGGUAGAACAUGUGGUUGAAUCCAUCAAAGUUUCUUGUUCCAAUGGGAACUAUGGAUGCACUGCAAGGAUAACCUAUUAUCAGAAAGAAGACCACGAGAAAGGUUGCCCAUAUGCACCAUGCUUCUGCCCCGAAACUGGCUGCAGCUUCAGUGGACAGACCGCAAUGCUUCUGGACCAUUUUUCAGGCAAGCACAAGUGGCACUCCCCAAAAGUUGUGUACAGCAAGGCGAUGCGGAUACGCAUCCACAUGGGAUCGACCGUUCUGGUGGGCGAGGAUGGGCACCUGUUCCUGGUCAACAUGAUACUGGAAUCCCUUGGUGGUGUCAUCUCAGUUUGCAACGUCCAGCCUCACAUCACAGGAUCCAAGUUCAAAUGCAAGCUGACAUCGUCGUGCUCUGAACCAAGCUUUUCUCAGGCUAUGGAGUUUCAAACAAGGAGCACCAAUCUGUAUGAUGGUCUGCCGAAAGAUUGCUUCCUCUUCCUUGUGCCGAAGUUGUUGCUUCGAGGCACCGGUGCAAGCACCACAACCAUGUUGGGUGUGACGCUCACGCCACAGUAGGAUGCAUGUCCAAGGGAUGGCACAACCAUCAACCAUGGUGAGUGUAUAUAAUAGUACUCCGGCCUGUGUUGAAUUGGGUUUGACAAGUGAGUGCUUAUAAAUCUCUCAGUAGCUAGCUCUCAGUUUUUGGAGGAGGCACUAGUGUUAUUUUGGUACUGUUUGGAACCCGAGUGAUAUUUGAUCGGAUUGUCCGGUACGGUUUGUACUCUGGGAAUUUUUUUGCUUAAAAUUGUAGAAAUGAUGAACAACUCACGCUACAUCGCUGAAGUUGUUCCUUGCCUGACCAGUACUUGAAGUUCUAUUAAA